AUGGAUGCUAUAAACACACGUAUUGUCGAAUACGUCUUUACGCAAUGCUCUGGAGUGCAACGACCCACUACGAAUAUCCAACCUCUCGUCGACAUAGGACUAGAAGAAUCGUUUACGCAUUCGCGAAGCCGGACCACCUACACCUCAGGACCACCUGCACCAGGACUCAGGACCACCUGCACCAGAAUUCAGGACAACCUGCACCAGGACUCAGGACCACCUGCACCAGGACUCAAGACCACCUGCACCAGGACUCAGGACAACCUGCACCAGGACUCAGGACAACCUGCACCAGGACUCAAGACCACCUGCACCAGGACUCAGGACAACCUGCACCAGAACUCAGGACCACCUGCACCAGGACUCAGGACAACCUGCACCAGGACUCAGAACAACCUGCACCAGGACUCAAGACCACCUGCACCAGGACUCAGGACCACCUGCACCAGGACUCAAGACCACCUGCACCAGGACUCAGGACCACCUUCACCAGGACUCAAGACCACCUGCACCAGGACUAAGGACCACCUGCACCUGGACUCAGGACCACCUGCACCAGGACCCAAGACCACCUGCACCAGGACUCAGGACCACCUGCACCUGGACUCAGGACCACCUGCACCAGGACUCAGGACCACCUUCACCAGGACUCAAGACCACCUGCACCAGGACUCAGGACAACCUGCACCAGGACUCAGGACAACCUGCACCAGGACUCAGGUCUCACCUAGGGGUUACGGGUGCGCCCUAGCAUGACCUAUACUAUACUCAAGAGCAUCAGUGUAGUGACUUUUGCAAGUGUCUG